AUGAAAACUGAGGCAUCUAGCCAUAAGUAUAACCUUCAAUCCUCUCCCCGGGGUCAAAUUUGGAUCACAGAUGCCAGGGAAGUUGAGUGGAUGGUUGGCAAUAAAUGUGUGAGAAGAUAUACAUUCAAAGAAAAAGUACUACGAGCAGGUUUUGUGGACUUUGAAAACACUAGAGAUUGCCUGGUAAUCAUAUUAGAAUAUCGUGCCCACAUUUAUAACCUGCUAAGCGGCGAUUCCACUACGGUAUGCUUCCCUUUCGCAGUAUCGAAGGCCUAUUUCUACUCAAGUGGGGUGCUUUUAGAGAGGAACAUAGAACAUUCAUGCUUUAGAACUACUCAAAAUCCGAUGAAGCACCGAUUUAUAACCUUAUCAGACCCAUUGACACUUUUUGGGUCGCUUGUAUUUUCUUCGAAUCCUGCGGACUCUGAAGCCAAAUUAACAAUGCUCCAUUUCCCUCAAAACCAUGAACAAAAUGUCUCAGUCUUACUAGAUGAUUCCACUAAGGCCCUCCAUUUCUACAACACAAAGAUCCUUUCCGCCAAAAAACAGGGAAAACAAAUACGAUCAAAAUCUUCUAGCGGUCUACAAAAGCGUAAAAGCUAUGGGCAUCUCUCUCACGACAAUACGUCAUCAAUUUCAUCCAACUUGAAUAAAAGAAAAUCUUCUACUACUGAUGUUUCCAACCCAUCCUCGACUGCGAUAGGUGUUUCAAAUACAAACCUAAGUAACUCUUUAUCAACAGGUCUCACAAACAACCUUCGCAAAAUUUCCAUUAUGAAUCGCCGUUCUGUGUCUGCGAACAUAACCACCGAUCAUGACCAGCAGCAGUACACAGCGGGCCAUCCGGGUACCGAAUUCACUAACAGAAGUGCCUCUGCCACUUUAGACCGGAUGAGAUCCGGAAGUGCUCUGGAUAUAUCACCCUCCACAACAUCCCAAGUAAGUCAAGAACUAUUUGAUCAGGCUGUUCUGGAAAAGGACGUGGUGUUAACCAAAAUCACGGUAGCAAGCAUACCUGAUACGGUAUCCGACAAUUUAAAAAUCAUUAGCUCAACGUUUGAGGAUAAGGAGGCAAUUGUAGCUUAUGAUAAAAAACUAGAUUGGGGAAAAAUUUGGAUAUUCAAUCUAAACUCAUCACUAAUCGGCAGCAUGAAAUUUAAGGCAUUUGGUUAUUCUCCAGUUUCUCUAACUAAAAGCAUUGACAUAAAAUCAAGCAUGAUCGAAGACAUUUGCGCAUAUGAAUGCUCCUAUCUCCCAGGAUUUGUGAUGCUACUGCUACGCUCAUGCCAUGAAGUUACUCUUUAUAAUCCAUUUCUGAAUCUUACUUCUGCGUCUUUCUCGUUAGCAACAAAAUCUCUCCCACAUUCAUUGUACUUUGCAACUCAUGAAUCAGUAAUCUGCAGUAAGAACUUCAGCCCAAUUUGGAUUACUACUUUUCCAUCAACGAAAAGCGUUCAGCAUUAUUUCACAGCUAUUAAGUACCUGUGUGAUACUUUCACAUACCAAUACCUCGUCAUAAUAUGGCAGGUGGCAAGAAAUUGCGUUGAGGGGUCGGAUGAGUUCUCUGAUUUAUUUGCCUUUCGAAUUACUUUAUUGAGCCUCUUACCAAUAGAAUCGGAAAAUAGAAUCUUCACUGAUGCAAUAGAGCUUUUACGCCAAAAUCCAGUUUUCAACACGUUGUAUGAUUUAACUUCUCAUAUGCCCAAAAUUGUCAUGGGACUUCACUUGAUAAGAGAAGAAUAUAAGUUGAAUCAGUUGCAAGAAAAAAAUGUCGAGUUUCUUGGCGAAUUGCUGUAUACUCUCACUUCCUUGCUGGGUUGGCCUCAAUUGUGGAGAGAUUUCUAUAAAUCAGGCAGCGAAGACCGCGAACCAAUUGAUCCUUUAAAUUGGAACUUUGCACAUCCAUUGGAUGAACCUCCCUCCAUUUUGAAAUCUUUGUACAGUGCUACAGAGGGUAGUGAGAUUUCGUUAACUCCGUACAUAUCUUUUUCUCGACUACUCGAUGAUACCGCGGCCAUUGAUCAUCUUAUUACCCCGCGAACACAUAAGAUGCUCAUACUUUUUGAAAAUAUGCAAUCACAGCGCUUAAAAGGGAAAAACCUUUUGGAUAUGCUGAAUACACUAAUUGCCGACAUGGGUGAAUUUGAGACCUAUCCUCUAGGUAUAUAUUCUCCUCUGAAGAGGCUCUUAAAACAAAUUGAGAUUGCUUUGAAUGAAGUUGAUGUCAAAAAUUUAAACCUAAGUUUAACUGAUCGUUCAGAUUUGAAGAGAAACAUCAAAUUGCUGAGAUCAGUAUGUAAAAAUGAUCACUUAAGUGAUGAUAAUUUGAUUGUAAGGGAAAAAUCUAAGAUGAAGAACUCGACAGUCAAAAAUAAUUCCUUCUUGAAACCAAAAAGUAUCAAAACGAUGUUAAAUGACGUCUUGCGGUGCUCCAAAAAUAAUGUAUCAAAUGAAGCUAUGGCCCUUAAUAAUGAUCCGGGUGUAAGUGAUGGUGAAUCUUUGAAACGAAAUGCAGGUUUGAUUUUUUCUGAAGAUAGACGAUUUGUUGAUGUAAUUGAACAGUUACUUUUUUACAUACCUCACAAGGUUCUAAUAUUCGUGGUAGAGAAAAGUUAUACUCAGAUGUUGAGGAAAAAAAGGCGCUAUGCCCAAAUAUCCGCAUUAAGAACACUUAACUGUGGUAUCGGUUGGGGUGGUGUAGCGUUCGCAACAGAACGUCCGCUCUCGACUCAGAAGUGGUCGCGUCACAAAUUGAACUUGAAUUCCGUUUUCCCGGAUGAUACGACAGUUUCAAUUGAUACUGAUUCUUUAGAUCAAGAGUUAUUUGCCUGGGGUGAAUUUCAUGCCGGUGUGAGUUCCGGAUUACGGAUCUCCAAAAAGGCUAAUGGAAUAACGGGUAGCUGGAUUACUUUCAAUAAGCCCCAGGAAUUAGACGCGCAACAUGGUGGUUUUUUACUAGGUCUAGGAUUAAACGGCCACUUAAGGCAUUUAGAGGAAUGGCAUGUCUACAACUAUUUGAGCCCUAAACAAACCCACACAAGCAUAGGAUUACUACUUGGAAUGAGUGCAAGUUUACGGGGAACCAUGGAUUUGAAGUUGACGAAGGUCCUCAGUGUUCAUAUUGUUGCUUUACUCCCCCCUGGGUCGAGUGAUUUAAAUGUAAACUUCAAAGUUCAAACAGCAGGGCUUGUGGGGAUUGGAUUACUCUAUGAAAGAUCGCAGCAUAGACGAAUGAGUGAUAUGCUAUUUGCCCAGCUCACAUCUUUCGUCAAUAUAAAUGAAGAGCCUGUACCUGAUGAGGGCUACAGGCUGGCCGCAGGGGUAGCAUUGGGCCUCGUUAAUGUCGGCGCUGGUGGUAAAACUUCAGCUGCUCAAAGAAUUGAAGACGAUUAUGAAGAGACAGAAAAAUAUCCAGAAGCAGAAGAGAAUGAUGACUUUGAUUUCAAAGCUAAUAGGGGCCUUAUAGAUUUUAAAAUGAUUGAUAAGUUGAUUGGGCUGGUCACAAAGUUUAAUGAUGUAGAGGAAGAGUGGAUGCCUGAUAAUUCACAAAUUGGUGCUCUUGUAGCAUUGAUGCUCAUAUUUCUAAAAACCAACAACAGAUCAGUGGCCGAAAAGUUACUACCGAGCACAGAGGAGCUAGGGGCUAACAUUAAAUCGUAUAUGAGGCCUGAAUUUUUCAUGUAUCGUGAGUGGGCAUAUUACAUGAUUGUCUGGAAAUCGAUUGACACAAGUGCUGGCUGGCUCUUGCAAAAUAUUAAUGAUGAAAAUCCCCUUGAUUUGAGUACCGACAGUCUUCCCAAAUAUUAUUGUCUAGCAGGGCGUGCUCUUGCAUUGGGUAUAAAAUUUGCUUCUACGAAUGAAACUAGAAUCAGAGAUAACAUCUUAUGUAUUCUCGACAAACUUCUGCCAUUAUACCAAUGUUCAGUGAGUAAAAGAUUGGAUUUCCAAUUAACAAUCAAAGGCAUCAAUUCAGUUAUGAAUGUGAUGUUAGUAUCAGCUAGUAUGAUUAUGUGCGGCUCGGGGGAUUUAGAAGUUUUUAGGAGGGUAAGAUAUCUGCAUGAAGUCAUCACUGGUAAAUAUUCGGAUCUCUUUAGAUCCCAGUCAUCAGAUCCGAACGAUGAUGAAAAUGAGUACGACAUGUCAGUCGAUUCAAACAAUCGUUCUAACAACCAGGAGAACGAGGAAGAAAUGGAAGCUACAGGAAAUAUAGACAACGAUGAUGGUGCAGAAAAUCCUGACGCCGAUGAAUUGAAAGAUAUAAACGAAGAAAAUCAUUUUGGAAAAUACAUGGCGACGAGUUUGGCUUUGGGAUUCUUAUUUUUAGGAUCGGGUCAAUAUGCCUUGAAAAAUUCCGAGCUGAAUAACAUAGCGUACUUGAUCAUAUCCGUUCUUCCAACCUACAUGGCACCCUAUUAUCUCCAAGAAACUAGGCAUUUUUGGAGCAUGGCUGCAGAACCAAGAAGUUUAGUUACUAAAGAUGCUAAAACAGGCGUCAACUUGAGCAAGAUUCCAGUACAAAUCAAUAUGAGAAGAGCAAAAGGUGAAUCGACCCAUAAAGUAAUGUACUUGACAUCUCCAUGCUUACUUCCCGAUGUGAAGCGAAUUGACUCAAUAGAGAUCAAAGCUGCCGAUUAUUAUCCUUUGCGCUUGAAACUCGACAAUCAUGAGCGAAGUGACGAAUUUUUCAAGAACGGAUGCGUAGUUUAUGUCCAGAAGAAAGAGAAUUGUCAAGAAGGAAUUCGGCUAAGUACCGAUGAAAAUGAUCAAAGGGUGGCUGAUGUCAAGCAGGCAUUUCAAAAAAGAUUCCAUUCACGCUAUUCAAAAUCAAUGCCUGGAAAAGAAAGCGGCGAGCUAGCCAAAGAUCUCAGUAAUUUCUUAGAGCUUCAAGAUUCAAAAUCAUUAGAGUAUAAGAACGCAGUACUGAAAAUGGAAGGAACUAGGGACAGUUCGUCAAGUAUAAAUCUUGAUAUGGCAUGUGAAGGUGAGAGUGGAGUCAUUCAUUUAGAAUUAUGGAGACGUCGACAUGGUUUGUGA